AUGUGGCAAUCCCAGUUAUUAUUCUUGUUGGAACUUGUUGAUACAGUCGACUUGUAUGAAUAUUUAUUAACGAUGGCACUAUUAUUAGGUAAAGAUCGCAAAAUAACGAUCAAAUGUCUCUUCAGAUUAUGCGAUUUCAAUCAAGAUGGUAUGUUUAAUGAAGACGAAGUCAUCGAUGUAUUAUAUACAUUCUUUCGCAUAUCACUCAACAAUGCUAAUAAUGAUGCUGAAGAUCGAGAUGGAUGUCGUUUAGAACAGCUCAGAAAUAAUGUAAACAAGGCUUUUAAUGACAAAACACAAGUAUCCGAACAAGAAUUUUACGAAGUCUGUAUGAAGAGCGAACCCGUUCAAGAGCUCGCGAGUCGUUUAGGAAUGAUAUUUAUGCUUGGCAUGAUGUUCGACGAUUCUGACUUCUAG